GAGAAUAUCCUUCAAAUACUUUGGUUUGAGAGGCAGAUUAAGAGUAGGCUGAUGUGGCCCUAUUGGGCAUGACGCUUUUUUCAUGGUGGCUCUGCUCCUAGUAUUGAGGGGGACCUCCUCUUUCCUUUGUACAUAGGCCAUGCACAUUUCCCAAAAAUAGAUGGCGAUACACCUGUUGGUCUAAGGCAUCCUCCCUCCCACUCUCCUUUCACACAUAAACCACUUGAGCAAUUUCUAAAAAUAGAUAUGUAGGUACCAGAGCAAUGAUCAAAAAACUAGGGCAGUAAAAAAAUUGAUCACGUACUCUUCCUCAUUCUUUUAGCUGGAUUGGCGUUUUGAUUUGAUGCUGUUGAUAGUUGGAUUUGUUUUUCUUCUGUUUAAUUUUUGAAGUCGUUUGAGCUGACCAUAUAUAUCAGUUUCUGUUAUUUCUACUACCUGUGUUCGAUCAAAUAGUGGGAUCAGCUAGCGAUGGUGCAGAGAAAAUCUCUCAUUUUGUUUUCUUGUGAUACCUCCCCGUUUCCCCGAUUACUCUUUCUGUUCAUUCUCAACAUUCCAGCGUAAACCAAUCUACAUGGGACAUGAAGAGGCAGCGUCAGAUCGAUUCAAGCAACACUUUGGCCAAAAGAUCGAUUUGCCUCAAGAUACACCGCUGAAACUUGAACAAUUCUGAUCAAUUAUCAGCGUUGGCAAAGAGGAGGUGAUCGAACAAUGCAAGCUGAUCUAUGAGCAACAGUCGGAAAGAUUGGAAAUCAUAUAUAUUCAUCAUAUAUAUAGGCCACGAUGAGUAAGCUGAGAUGGUUGAUCAUGGCCUUCUUGGUUUGUUUGCUACUCCUCACACCCAAAGACUUGGAGGGUUUGCAGCUCGUUGGAGCCAUCAGGAAUCACCUAUUCUGGUCAACAUCUUCACCGCUGCAUCAUCUGCCUGAUCUAUUGGAAGAAGAAUCGGUACAGGUGAAUGAGAUGGAGUUAUGGGGGGAUGAUGAUGGUAGGAGGAGGAUGAUGGGUGAAGAAGUUAGAAGACAGGCGGGGGCGGGCAGGAUGAGUGAAGUGAAGAUGGGCGGUGAUCGACCGUUGGUGGCGGUUAUAAAGAAGGAGAAACAUGGAGCGAAAAAGAAGAAGGAUGAUGACAGUAGUGGUAUGGUGGUGGUUGGAUUGUCAGCGGCGUGCGUAGCAUUGGUUACCCUGGUUGGCAUCUGCUUUUGCGCAUGUCGUGACUCAGAGUCUUCGUCGUCGCCGUACGAUCUACGGGAUGAGAAGCCGCUGCUGAGCCUGAACCUGAGCGACGGUCCGUCUCGGAAGUCGUGCGCCACCACGAUCGACGUGAGCAGGCUGGGAGCGUUGACGGCGGAGUGCGAGCAGCACUUGCAUGGUGGCGCUGGUGCUGGUGAUCACAACACCACAAACUAUAAUUUAAGGAAGCCAGCUGGUGUAGGAUCCAUGUCGAUGAACAAGGUGUCGAUGCAAUCGCAGGCCAUGCGGAUGAGCUCGCACGAGAUAACCACCAUCGCCGGAGCUGGACGCGUCGAGAAUAAGGUGUCAACGAUAGCACCUUCUGCUGCUGCUGCUGCUGUUGCUUCUGCAGGAGGAGGGCAGGUACCUGCAGCGCCGCCACCACCUGCAGGUCCUCCGCCUCCGGCUCCUCCUCCUCUUCCUCCUUCUCACCAUCAUCAUCACGGCCAUCAUCCACCACCACCUCAUCCACUUCCUCCUGGCGCUGGCGCUGGCGCUGGCACUGGCGCUCCUCCUCCUCCGCCUGCUCAUCCCGCUGCUCCUGCUCCUCCUCCUCCUGCUCCAUCACCAUCAGCAGCUGGGGCUGGUUCUGGGCCACCGCCUCCACCUCCUCCCGCUGCUCCUGCUGCUCCGAGGCCUCCUGGUCCUGGUCCUGGUCCUCCACCGCCACCGGGAGCUGCUGGCAGAGGAGGUGGCGGACCUCCACCGCCGGCGCUGCCUGGUGGUCCGAGAGCACGUGGUCCCCCGCCAUUCAAGAAGUCGCCGGGGGCGGCUGCGGCAGCUGCACAAGCGGACCCAAACAAGGCGAAGCUUAAGCCCUUCUUCUGGGACAAAGUUACUGCCAAUCCAAACCAAGCCAUGGUGUGGGAUCAGAUCAAAGCGGGAUCAUUUCAGUUUAACGAGGAGAUGAUCGAGAGCUUGUUUGGGGCUCAGUCCACUGAGAAGAAGAGCACCGAUGCGAAGAAGGAGUCCGGCAAGGAAGCGACGCAGUUCGUUAGGAUCCUGGACCCCAAGAAGGCUCAGAAUCUGGCAAUAUCACUCAAGGCACUCAGCGUUUCAGCCGAACAAGUGCGUGCUGCAGUGAUGGAAGGGCACGAUCUGCCUCCGGAUCUGAUCCAGACUCUGGUGCGGUGGAGCCCCACGAGCGACGAGGAGCUGCGUCUGCGUCUCUACGCCGGGGAGCCCGCGCAGCUGGGCCCCGCCGAGCAGUUCAUGCGCGCCAUCAUCGACGUCCCCUACCUCUACCAGCGCCUGGACGCUCUCCUCUUCAUGGCCGCUCUCCCGGAGGAGGCCGCCGCCGUGGAGCAGUCCUUCGCCACCCUGGAGGUCGCGUGCGAGGAGCUCCGCGGCAGCCGCCUCUUCAAGAAGCUUCUGGAGGCCGUGCUCAAGACCGGGAACCGCAUGAACGACGGCACCUUCCGCGGGGGCGCCCAGGCCUUCAAGCUGGACACCCUCCUCAAGCUGGCGGACGUCAAGGGCGUGGACGGCAAGACGACGCUGCUCCACUUCGUGGUGCAGGAGAUCAUCCGGUCCGAGGGCGUCCGCGCCGCCAGGGCAGCAAGCGGCGGCGGCGGGGGGAGCAGCAUCAGCUCCAUCUCCUCCUCGGACGACCUGAUCCUCCUCCAGAGCCAGAGCAGCAUCGGCAGCAACAGCGGCAGAAGCAGCGUGGACGCAUCGUCGUUGGAGCAGGAGCAGGACGAGACGGAGCGGUACAGGCAGCUGGGGCUGGGCGUGGUGUCCAGCCUGGGCGACGACCUGCAGAACGUGCGCAAGGCGGCGAGCUUCGACGCGGACGCGCUGACCAUCACGGUGGCCAGCCUGGGGCACCGGCUGGUUAAGGCCAACGAGUUCCUGAGCACGGGCAUGCGCAGCCUGGAGGAGGACAGCGGCUUCCAACGCCGGCUGGCCUCCUUCGUGCAGCAGUCGCAGGAGCAGGUGACCCGGCUGCUGGAGGAUGAGAAGAGGCUGCGCUCCCUGGUGCGCGCCACCGUCGACUACUUCCACGGCAGCACCGGCAAGGACGAAGGCCUACGCCUCUUCGUCGUCGUGCGCGACUUCCUCGGCAUUCUCGACAAGGUGUGCAGGGAGGUGAAGGAGCAGGCGGCCGCCAACGCCAAGGCCAAGAAGCAGCAGCAGCCCACGCCGGCGCCAAGGAGCAGGCAAUCCUCCCAGUCGUCCUUCCGCGACCCACGCCAGCAGAUCCAAGAUCGGAGGGCCGCCGCGCUCAGCCGAAACAAUAGCAGCUCCAGCUCCUCUGAUUCCGAUGACUAGUUUGUUACUACUCUAUUAGCUAGCUAGCUAGCUAUAUAUAUUCGGCCGGCCUAUCUUUCCUGGUAUAUACGAUCGAGUAUCUCAUUCUCUUUAUUA